AUGGCAGAGGAGGAGGGCGAUGGGGACGAGGGGGAUGUGUUCUUGGCAUUCGCCCGGGGUCCGACUCCUCCCAGGGGUCCCUUUCUUCGGGCCCUAGACCGGGCCUUUUUCGUUUUCCUGGCCCUCUUCCUGGCGGUGCUGAUGCUAGAGGCCGCCUACAAGCUGCUAUGGCCCAUCCCCUGGGCCAACCUGUGGGGCUGGCUGCUUGGAACCCCUCCAAGAGAAGAGGAGCUGGAGCUGUGA